UGGAAAAAGGUGAGAAAAACCUAAGCUUGUAUCUGACUCUUUUAAGUCGAUUCUUCUUCACGACGACUCUUUCCGUCGACAUCUUCUUCUCCGAUACCACGGAACGCGAUUCGGUUUUAGCUUGUAAGGGCAUGAAACGGAUCUGCUCGUUUUCAAGUGUUCAGUUUUUUUCUAGAAGUUUCAGAGCUUUAGCAAAGCCACGAUCCUUGAACUAUCCUGUCCAGUCGCUUAAGCUUUCAUCAGUUCGGAUGGAGAAAAAAAGCAUGCUCUCUUCUGGACUCAGUGGUGCAGAGCCAAGAGGCGCAUUGAUAGUUGUAGAAGGUCUUGAUCGGAGCGGGAAAUCAACGCAGUGCGCAAAGCUUCUCUCUUUCUUGGAGGGUUUAGGACAUCCGACCGAGCUCUGGAGAUUUCCCGACAGAGAGACUAGUGUCGGUCAGAUGAUAUCGGCGUAUCUAUCUAAUAAAUCGCAGCUCGAUGAUCAUACCAUUCAUCUCCUUUUCAGUGCCAAUCGAUGGGAGAAGAGGUCAUUGAUGGAGGAAAAGCUUAAAACAGGAACCACGCUUAUCGUUGAUCGUUAUUCGUAUUCUGGUGUAGCUUUCUCUUCAGCUAAAGGUCUAGGUGUUGAUUGGUGCAAGGCGCCGGAAAUCGGUUUACUUGCUCCGGAUUCUGUGCUUUACCUUGACAUUUCACCUGAAAGAGCUGCUGAGAGAGGUGGAUAUGGAGAUGAGAGAUACGAGCGAGUGGAGUUUCAGAGUAAAGUUGCAGACUUUUAUCAAACUCUACGUGAUUCUUCGUGGAAGAUAAUCGAUGCUGGUGAAACCAUGGAGGAAGUAGAGAAGAAGAUUCAACAAGUGGUAUUAGAUCAAGUCAAAGAGUGUACUAGUGGAAAGCCUCUUUCACUCCUCUGGUCAUCAUCUUGAUGGUUGUCAUUAAAUCUCAUAGCUAUUACAAAGUUUGUGUGAUUUUGAAGGAACAAUAUUGAAGAGAGAGAAGAGAUUGAAAAUCUUAAAAAAGUUUUAGAAUCAUAUACUAUUUGGGCCGUACAAGCUCGUUGACAGGCCCAAAUUUUAUUUGCAA